CACAUUUUCUCUUCUGAUUAAAAUGUAUUUCCUAUGUGGUGCACCUUUAAAUCGGCAUUUACACAACUUCUCUCCACCUAACCUCAGACUCACUUUUGAUUUCUUCGCGGUGGAAGGAGCAGGUCAAGUACAACAAAAAUAUUAUUGUCAUAUCAAGGAAUAGUUGUCUCUAGACCUAUGAUUGACCUGUCAGGGCUGUGGCUGUGGGGAAAGAAAUUGUCUGACAUGUAACACUCAAAAAUAGCCUCCACUUUUAGGUUAUUGAUUCUAAAAUCAACUGCCCAAAAUAUGCAAAUUUUACAUUUUAUAUGUGAAAUAUCAGAGUGGACUCCAUUUCUAAACUAACAUGAGCUGCUGUUGGUUGAGGAGUGGAAAGGGGCCCUGAGACGAGGCCCUAGAGGACGUGCUAAACGUCACAUCCUUUCAGCAUUUGAGUAGCGUUAAACAGCUUAAAGAAAUGGUCCACAUGGGGCAACCGAGAGAGAUGGGGAAGGUCUAAUUUUUCACAUUACAUUAGAGGCUGCUCAGAUAUGGCCAAGGAAGUGAUUCAUUUGCUACAAACUGUUACACAGAGCCCCUUUAAUCUUCAAAGUAAAUACAUGUGGUGCAGUAAAUAUUGCAAUGUUUAUGACAUACAGUCAAAUAGAAGUUUAAAAAAAAAAACUUACCAAUGACUCCUCUCACAAGGAUUUGUGUUCCUGGCUAUGACCCUAUAGACAACACAAACACUAUAUGUGUUGUUAGCAUACAAGCCCUCAACCUAAACACCACACCAUAUGCCAUAACAACAUAUGCUUCAAAAAAUGAAUUGGUAGGAUUAUUAGAUUAGCAGAAAGUGGUUGUAGAGUUGGUGCUUCCACUGCUACUGGUACGUCAGGUGCUUCUGAGACACUGUCCAGUUGUGGUCCCUUUAAAAAUAGAUUUGAGAGACAAAGAUCCUGGCUGGGUCCAGAAUGAGUGACACACAGUCAAAACCAAAUCAAUAAAAAAAAAGAAUAAAAAAAAAAUUAAAAAAAAACACUUCACAGAGGAUGAAGGCUGCCUCUCUGAACUGUGCGGGCCCCAGGCUGCCAUUGGAUUAACCAAGAGAAAGAAGUACUUGGGAACAAUACAAUGGCCCAUUCUCACUCACCAUAAUCCUUGUAGGUAUUGCAAGAAGUCUCAUAUGACUCCACGGAGAAAAGGCUACGACAAGUACCUCUCGGAAGGAGUGUUUCGGCUACAGAUAAAAAAAUCUUUUAAAAAAAUACAAAUGUCAACUGUAAGUAUUAUUUUUUUAUGCAUCUGUAUUUUCUGUGUUUCAUAUCUAGUACACAUGUUUAGUGUGACUGUAGUGGUUUGAUUAGAGUUUGUGAACCUGCUCUGUAAAGGCUACGAAGUCAAGUCAAACUUUCUCCUCUUGCUCUUGUACGCUUUCAUUGACGCAGUCUGUUGAGCAAAGAUUACAGCUGCAGGGGUCGACAAUGAUUUUGCUGUGAUUAUUAUAACGGAAGUCUAUGAGGAAUGGAGCCAGCUACUUCUACUCCUCUGCGCUGCUUUUCUUAUUCCUGUUGUAUACGUCAGUAACUGGAAAUAUGUGUUUCAUGGUUCGAAACUAAUGUGCAAGAUUAACGCUUAACGGGUGUUACUGUUUUGACCCAGUCGUUAAUACUAUGCAUCAAUGAGUGGACCCCAUGUUCUCAGUUGAGUCUAAAAUCUACUUUGGGCUUCAUUUCUUGAUUGUAGUCCCCACCAACCUCUUGCGAUUGGAUGCUCCUGGUUGAACAGAAGAAUAUAAAUGUCCGAGUUACAACCAUGGACGCUGAGCUGGAGUUUGCCAUCCUGCCCAGCACGACUGGCAAGCAGCUUUUUGACCAGAUAGUGAAGACGAUCGGGCUGAGGGAAACCUGGUUCUUUGGCCUCCAGUACCAGGACAGCAAAGGCUUCUCCACCUGGCUCAAACUGAACAAGAGGGUGACAGCUCAAGAUGUGAAGAGGGACAACCCUUUGUUGAUCAAGUUCAGGGCCAAGUUUUACCCUGAGGAUGUCGCCGAUGAACUGAUCCAGGAGGCGACCCAGCGCCUCUUCUUCCUACAGGUAAAAGAGUGCAUCCUGAAUGAUGACAUAUACUGCCCACCUGAGACUGCCGUGCUCUUGGCCUCCUAUGCCGUUCAGGUCAAACAUGGGGACUACAAGAAAGAUUAUCAUGUACCGGGAUACCUCACCAGAGAGAAGAUGCUGCCGCAGAGGGUUUUGGAGCAGCACAAGCUGAAUAAGAAUCAGUGGGAGGAAAGAAUACAGGUGUGGCAUCAAGAGCACAAGGGAAUGCUGAGAGAAGACGCCAUGGUGGAGUACCUGAAGAUAGCCCAGGAUCUGGAGAUGUACGGGGUAAACUAUUUCAACAUCAAGAACAAAAAAGGAUCAGAGCUGUGGCUGGGAGUGGAUGCCCUGGGGCUAAACAUCUAUGACAAAAAGGACAGGAUGACCCCAAAGAUCGGCUUCCCCUGGAGCGAGAUCAGAAAUAUUUCCUUCAAUGACAAGAAGUUCCUCAUCAAACCAAUCGACAAGAAAGCUCCGGACUUUGUUUUCUACGUGCCUCGUCUUCGCAUCAACAAACGCAUCCUGGCCCUUUGUAUGGGCAAUCAUGACCUGUACAUGCGCAGACGUAAACCUGACACCAUUGAGGUGCAGCAGAUGAAGGCACAGGCCAGGGAGGAGAAGAACAAGAGGCAGAUGGAGAGGGCUCUGCUCGAAAGUGAGAAAAAGAAGCGAGAAAAUGCUGAGAAGGAAACAGAGAAGAUUGCUCGUGAGACCAUGGAGCUGAUGGAGAGAUUGAGACAGAUUGAAGAGCAGACAAAGAGAGCCCAAGAUGAGCUGGCGGAGCAGACUCGCAGGGCUCUUGAGCUGGAGAAGGAGAGAACAAUUGCUCAGGAGGAGGCUGAGCGCCUGGACAAGGAACGCAGAGUUGCAGUGGAAGCUAAAGCAGCCCUGCUGUACCAUUCUGAGACCCAGAUCAAGAACCAGGAAAGCCUGGCCACUGAGCUGGCGGAGCUUACCUCUAAGAUCUCCCAGCUGGAAGACGCCAAGAAGAAAAAGGACGAGGAGGCACAGAGAUGGCAGAAAAGGCACUUCACUGCAAGUCGUCUGUGUCGACAGGCCGUCGUGGUGGAAUCCGAUUUGGAGCGAACCAAAGAGGAACUGAAGACUAAACUCAUGGGUGUCCAUAUCCAGGAGUCAGUCCACCCUCAUAUGCACGAUCACGACGAGACAGAUGAGAGCAGCGCAGAGGCAAGCGCUGAGCUGACUAUUCCGGGCAUGGUCCGGGAUCGCAGCGAGGAGGAGAGAGUAACAGAGGCUCAGAAGAACCAGAGACUGCAGAAAAACCUCAAGUUCCUGAGCACCGAGCUGGCCGGAGCUGUAGACGAGAGCAAAAAGACCCCCAAUGACCUGAUCCACGCCGAGAAUGUGAAGGCGGGCCGUGACAAAUACAAGACUUUACGUCAGAUUCGUCAGGGCAACACUAAACAACGCAUUGAUGAAUUUGAGUCCAUGUGAGAGAGGCUGCUGCGGGCCCAACCAAGACUGAGCACCAGAUAAGAGUAGAUGACACGUUGAGAGAUUUUAGAAGUGUAGGUGUACAUUAUUGACAUAAUAGGAUGAAUAUGAUGGCAAAUGAUAUUGUUACUGUGCGUUGAUGCCUUUAAUGUCUGUGAUUUUAAUGCAGUUUAAUCUGGAGACCAGUCAGUGUAGAAAAUACAUGGUUAAUCUCACAGGAACAAAAACAUAUUCAUGGUCUGUUUCAGUGUUGAAAACGUCCAUUAACCACACUCUCAUUUAUGAAAAGUGUCAAUCUCAAUAUGCCAACUAAUGAAAACCUUAUUAAUAGUGAUAAAUGAACGAAAUGACAUUAAAGAUACUUGUUAUUAUUCCUUCUAAAUGUUCAGUACGACAGAAAUAAAAUAUAUAC